CAGUAGCCUGAUGCUGGCUUCUCAGCUUGCAAGAUCGAGGCUACUCUGGCUACUCUAGCCCUGGAUCUGGAGAUCAUUGUCAAUGGUUCUAGUAUUAGCUCACAAUGGCGGCCAGGCCGUCAGGCUGUAGCUGUCCAGUCAUCAUAGAGGCCUGGAUGACAAGUUAUUCGAUGACUCCCUAGAGUAUAUAAACAUGGCCGAUCACAACCAGAUCUUCUUGUCCAUCAUCAGAGCUCGGGUACACUACUAAUUUCAGACUCAACGCCAUCUAUAGCCACUGUAUCACACAGGCAAUCCUCCAAUCGCUACCAAUUAAAUCUCGCAAUGAAAUAUUCGUUUGCGUUCAGCGCCCUUGCUGCGCUCUGCGCCGCCCAGGAGCUUCCCUGGGAUAUCAUCCAGUCGGCCGAUCCGCCUCCUACAGUCACCGUACCUUGGGGUGCUGCUGGCGCAACUAUUAUUCCCUAUCACUCAGAGACAGCUAUUGCCGCAGUCGUAGCAGAUGUUGUCUCAGAUCCUCUCCCACAAGCUACAGAUCUGCCCGAUCUGCCCGCCAUUGUCGAAAAGAGAGAUUUAGUCAAGCGUGCCUGUCAGGCCCAAACCCAGGGAAACGGCCCCAUCCCUGAAGAUGACUCUGCAGAGGGCUUCUUAGCUUUUUCUGCCUUCAAGGAGGCUGCUGAAUCAGCCAAGACUCCUAACGGAUACGCCUUGAAUUAUCGCAAUCUCAACUCUUCGAGUAAUGCCUAUGGCUAUAUGGGCUUCGCAUUGAUGGAUAGUUACGAUACAGAAUCUUGCGCCAGCCAAUGCACAAGUAUCUAUGGAUGCCACUCCUUCAAUAUCUUCUUUGAGAGAGACCCGGCAAUUCAACCCGGAGAUGGGUGCCCUAAUCCUAAGAGCACGACUCUAAUCAAGUGUGUAUUCUGGGGCGGCCCUACCUCUACCGACAAUUCGAAGAAUACUGGCUUCCGUUAUUACGGAUUUGAUAUUGUCAUUGCAGGCUCGAACGCCUAUGACAGUGUUACUGCCCCCCUUGAGGAAGGGUAUGCUGCACCAACAUCACUGGGCAAGGCUCAGCUUAAUGCCCCUAUGGAUUGUGGCGGAUUCGACACCUACUUGGGUUCAAAGAUGUUCACAGAUGGACCGUUUGACCCUGCUCUAUGUGCUGCUGCUUGCACGGCCCAGUCCGAAUACAAUAUUGCGAACCCACCGCCAACGGGAGUUGCACAAACAUGCCAGUUCUUCAACACUUAUUUACUUCUCAAAAACGGUCUCCCAGAGGGACAGGUCUGCUCAAUGUAUACAAUGAGCUGGGAUGCACAAUAUGCUCCGGCUAAUCAAGGACAAUGGCGAGACAACGACCAUUACUCUUUUGCUUACAGCUUCACUUACGCAAACUUAACGAGUCCUGGUUCUCCCAGAAUUCCCUGUCCUGUAGUCAGUGCGAGCUCGGUCAUCGCUGCUUCAACUCUGGAACCAUACUGCAACACCUUGUUGGGCUAUACGACCCCUGUUUCCACAUCGACCCAGAUCAAUACUGUGACUGUGCCCUCCACCACCGUGCAAUCAACUUACACCCGAACUACCACUAUCACGUCGACAGCUAAAGCAACCGUGCGUAUUACCACUGGUACUCCCAUUGUUUUUGUCCCAGGCCCAACCGGAGUCCAAGCACUUCGCCGUGAUGUGUUGGCGACCGAUGUGCCUGAGGCUCUGCAAUCAUUCGACGCCGAUGUUGUAUCUUCCGCAUGCGCUCUUCAACCUGAUGUUACACCGAUAACAACCACGUCAACUGUAAUGGCCACGGCCACUAGCACGGUGACUGAGGGACAGACUGUCGUGGUCACAACCGCCUUGUUCGUAAGAACCACAUACACCACUGUCACCACGACAGCCACAACAUAUGUUCCUCCCGACCCGACGAACACCCUAUGGGUCAGCCCUGCGGCUAACGACGCUGGCAAAUUCUUGAAGAUCGGUCCCACCUAUGGUCUUUUAACCCAGAGCAACUUUGUGCCGGAAGGACGGGAGGGGUUCCGCCUCACCUCAGACGGUUACUUAUACUCUACAACCAAUGGGAAGUGGAUUAGUGGAAAUAUUGAUGCCAUAGAUGGCAAAUAUGGAUUGCUUGGUCUCUCCGCUUUUGCCGAUAAGGCCCAGGCACGACCUAUCUGGCGCGGCACUGAUAACGGCGACGGCACUACGCGGAUUCACCUGGUCAACCCUGCAAAUAACCACGAGUUCCAGCUUUGCGCGCUGAUCAACGGCAUCGGGUCCCCUCUCAAUGAUUUCAAAAGUGGUUACGGUGUUUUCGGAUACUCGUCGGCGAACUUGGGGAGCGUUCUCAUUCCGACUAUCAUGACUCUCCGGAACGAGGCUUAAGUCGUCUUGUGGUCUGCGA